UCCAACAUGGCGGAUGUGUUGACGCAUUGAUGUAGCUAGUAAGGGCGGUUACUUCGGUUGACGUGUAUUUAGCGGUUGUGUAGUGGUGACGUGUCUUUAAGGCGCUCCGCCGGCACAUCAGCACCCGGAGCACAGAGUCUCAUACUGAUCAACACCACCAUGGGGAUUAAGUUCUUGGAGGUCAUCAAGCCGUUCUGUGCGGUUUUACCCGAGAUCCAAAAACCAGAAAGAAAGAUCCAGUUCAGAGAGAAAGUACUAUGGACAGCCAUCACCUUGUUCAUCUUUCUCGUCUGCUGCCAGAUCCCUCUGUUUGGGAUCAUGUCUUCAGACUCAGCAGAUCCCUUCUACUGGAUGCGAGUCAUUCUGGCGUCCAACAGAGGUACUCUGAUGGAGCUGGGGAUCUCCCCCAUCGUCACCUCAGGCCUCAUCAUGCAGCUGCUGGCGGGAGCUAAAAUCAUCGAGGUUGGAGACACCCCUAAAGACAGAGCGCUGUUUAACGGAGCACAGAAAUUGUUCGGGAUGAUCAUCACUAUCGGCCAGGCGAUAGUGUACGUGAUGACCGGCAUGUAUGGAGACCCAUCAGAGAUGGGAGCUGGGAUCUGUCUCCUCAUCAUCAUUCAGCUGUUUGUGGCCGGACUGAUCGUGCUCCUACUGGACGAGCUGCUUCAGAAAGGAUAUGGUUUGGGCUCCGGCAUCUCCCUCUUCAUCGCCACCAACAUCUGUGAGACCAUCGUGUGGAAAGCCUUCAGUCCGACAACGGUGAACACAGGCAGAGGCACCGAGUUUGAGGGCGCCAUCAUAGCCCUGUUUCACUUGUUGGCCACUCGGACCGAUAAAGUCCGUGCGCUGAGAGAGGCCUUCUACAGGCAGAACCUGCCCAACCUCAUGAACCUCAUCUCUACCGUCUUCGUCUUCGCCGUGGUCAUAUAUUUCCAGGGCUUCAGGGUGGACCUGCCCAUAAAGUCUGCACGUUACCGUGGGCAGUACAACACGUAUCCCAUCAAGCUUUUCUACACCUCCAAUAUCCCCAUCAUCCUGCAGUCCGCACUGGUGUCCAACCUCUACGUCAUCUCUCAGAUGCUCUCCACUCGAUUUAGUGGCAACUUCCUGGUUAACCUCCUGGGCACCUGGUCUGACACCUCGACUGGUGGUCCGGCUCGGGCUUAUCCUGUAGGAGGUCUCUGUUACUAUCUCUCUCCUCCGGAGUCAUUCGGUUCGGUGUUAGACGAUCCGGUCCACACCGUCAUCUACAUCGUCUUCAUGCUGGGCUCCUGUGCAUUCUUCUCCAAGACGUGGAUCGAAGUGUCAGGAUCAUCAGCCAAAGAUGUGGCUAAACAGCUUAAGGAGCAGCAGAUGGUGAUGAGGGGCCACAGAGAGACGUCCAUGGUGCACGAACUCAACAGGUAUAUCCCCACAGCCGCCGCAUUCGGUGGCCUGUGCAUCGGCGGUCUCUCGGUCAUGGCUGACUUUCUGGGAGCGAUCGGCUCAGGAACCGGGAUCUUAUUGGCUGUCACCAUCAUCUACCAGUAUUUUGAGAUUUUCGUUAAGGAGCAGAGCGAAGUCGGCAGCAUGGGGGCGCUACUCUUCUAAAAAACCUCUCAGGCGCACGCGUACGCUUAGACACACCCUAAUCAAACACUUUUAUUAUUUUUAUGAGUGUUAUUACUAUUAUUUUAUAUAUCUGUCGGCACAGUGAGUUGAAGUGGUCCAUUCUGAACAGCCAGGUUUGGCUUUGAGAUGCUGUUUGCUGGAAGGUGAGAGAGCGUUUAGUGAUGAGUAAAGCUAGACUCUGUGAGCUCUGAAGAAAGUCGAUGGGUGAACCGUUAUUGUUUCACUUUACACACUUUUUUUUUCCCUCUUUUUUUUUCCCCCCUUCCGCUCGCUGCUCGACUGUGUUCAGUAUAGCGAUGGCGGUUGCUCACUUCUGUCAUGCCCACUCUUUCAUUUAAAGGUGCAGUGUUGCGUGUUUACGCCACGUUCAUUCUUCACGGCUGCUGUCAGUAUGACGCCACGGGAAUAUUCACACUCGCAGGAUUAUUAGACAUCCGGUUGUGACUGCAAAUCCAACCAUAUGCAUUUCGUGUAUCGCAGAUCUUUUUUUCUUUCUUUUUUUUAAGGUGGUGUUCUACAAACUGGAAGCUGUCUACAUACAUACAUAGUUAAUUCAUCCACGGACAAAUAACGUUUGGUUUUGUUUUAUGUUAUUUCUCUGUCUGUAUAUAUGAUGAAAUGUGCCACCAUGUAACAAAUUUUUUUCUUUUCUUUUCCCAAUAUGUAAAAAGAAAUGCUAAAACAUCCGUCUUUCGGAAAGAGUGCUCAUUCUCAGUAAAAGCUCUUUUUGUGUAAA